AGGUGCUUUACAUGUGGUAAAGUGAUCGGAAACAAGUGGGAGACAUACCUAGACUUGCUGCAGGCGGAGUAUUCAGAAGGGGAUGCAAUGGACGCGCUGGGCUUGAACCGCUACUGCUGUCGACGAAUGGUCAUGACGCACGUGGAUCUGAUUGAGAAGCUGCUUAACUACAAUACACUGGAGCGGCAGCCAGCGCAGGGCCAGCAGCAGCAGCACAACCUGAGCUGA